AUGUCCGGAGAUCCGCGAUCAAAGUUUGACCUAGAGCCAAAUCCUUUUGAAAGGUCAUUUGCUACAAAGGAUUCUUCGUUGUCUUUGAGUACAACCACAGGCCAUCAAUCACGCAAUGAGUCUAGUUCAGAGAUAGAUACGGUUGGUAAUAGCUCAGCUUACUCUAACAACAAAGCUAACUUAGCAUUCACUGGAAUACAUGAUCCUCAAGAGCCACCAAAUAAUAUACAGCACCAACACCAACAACAACAACAACAACAACAACAACAACAACAACAACAACAACAACUGCAUCAUCUGCAUCUACCUUUGCAAAACCAUCAUCCAACAAAAUUACCUGGAAUAACGCCUCCGUUAUUUACACCAGGAGGGCGGAGGUUGCCGCCGUUAGAGCCUACAUCAAAUCCCGGAACACCCACUACCAACUUAUGGAAUAGCUUGUUAAGUGCAUCAAACAAUACGACCAACCCUGUGACUCAACAAAAUGGCCAAUUUCAUCCAACACAACAAAACUAUAAUCAGUUUGCUUCGCGCAAGACUGGAUUGACUCCGAACGAGUCAAACUUGAGAUCAGGAUUAACACCAGGAGGGUUUUCUUUUGGAUUUGGUGGACAAGUGGGAACUGGAUUGUCAACUCCAGGAGGACUUUUGAAUGGACCGAUAACUCCUGGUCUAUCUAGUUUGUUGGGUAUUCCUUCAGGAAACAAUAACAUGUUGAUGGGGAUAUCUCAUGGUGGAGUCCCCAAUCCAGGUCCUUCGCAAAUGCAACAUUCACAAUCAACUCCACCACAACACCAGCCACAAUUGCAACCACAACCGCAACCAGAAUCACAACCGCAACAACAGUCACAUCCAAACCCCUUACCACAACAGCUUCCACAAACAGCCAUAUCCCCAUCAAUAAACAAUCAGCAGUUAACUUUAGUCCCCCCUUCGAUCCUACCUGAAAAUCAAAAAUUCCUCCAGCAGCCAGUUGCGCCGCUUGGAAUAGCCCCUCAAGAACCACCAUCAACCCAACAAGACACCCAACCUCAACUUCCUACGCAUGCAGAGACCACUUCUCUUUCGCAUUCUCACCCUUCAUCUCAUGAGGCAUCACAUAACCUGUCCCAUAAUCCAUCUCUGGAGGCGAUACCAACUGCGGCAAAUGGCUUCUUACUUAAUCCAAACACAGCAACUAGCGAUCUGACGGAGAAAUCAUCUACGUCAUCAAAGAAAAGGAAAGCAAGGACUGCAGCUAUUAAGAAACCCAGAACUACCAAAACUAAGAAGACUCCAGUAAAGGUGAAAGAAGAGCCGACAAAUGAAAAGGUUCUGAAUGGUGACGAGAAAGAAAAUCAAGCUGAUGAGAAUCCCAAUGAGGCAGAUGAAAGCGUAAAGGAUAAUGAAGCCAAGCACGAGGGAGGUAAGAGAAAGAGAUCCAGCAAUGACGAAGAAAAGCGGAAAAACUUUCUCGAAAGGAAUAGAGUUGCUGCAUCCAAAUGUCGACAAAGGAAGAAACAACUAAUGCAGAAGAUGGAGGACGAGUUGGCGUUCUAUUCUAAUGGCUAUAGACAGACAAGUGCACAAGUAACCCAACUUCGCGCGCAGUUACAAAAGAUGAAGAACAUCUUAGUGGCUCAUAAAGAUUGUCCAGCCUUGGCACUGUCUUGUGGUGGUGUUGAACACUUGCAAGUCAUUCUUCAGGAGGCAGAUCAACUUACAGAUAAUACUGUGGAAGCCGAGACGCAAGCAAGCUCGAUCCCCUCAACUAUCCCAACAACCCUUCAAUGA